UUCCAUUGUGUAUAUGUACCACAGCUUUCUCAUCCAUUCGUCUGACGAUGGACUUCUAGGUUGCUUCCAUGUCCUAGCUAUUGUAAACAGUUGCACCCCACUUUGAUCCACUCCCAUGGUUUAAGCGCUGGCUCCCGGAUGGCGGAAGUGAGGCCUUCCGACUCUCACCUCCUCGCUGCCUCCCUUUUCCGCAGAUGAUGACCCAGGUGGAGGGACAGCAGAAGAACCUGGUGCACGCCAUUGAAUCUCUCCCGCGGUCUGGUCCCCUCACUGCCUUGGACCAGGACUUACUGCUCCUGAAAGCUACCUCUGCGGCCACCCUCAGCUGCCUCGGGGAGUGCCUGAGCCUGCUCCAGCAGCACCUGCACCAUGCCGGCCUGUCCAGCCAUAGGCCGGGGGCCUCGGAAAGCAUCCUGGGAUGGCACGGGCCCAAGUCACACUCCACGGAGCAGCUGAAAAAUGGGACACUUGGCUCCUUGCCAUCAGCCAGCGCCAGCAUCACCUGGGCCAUUUUACCCAACGCCACGGAGGACGAGCAAACCUUCCCGCCAGAGCCAGAGCCAGAGCCAAAUUCAGGCCCUGAAUUGGUUUUGUCCGAAGAUGAGAAAAGCGACACUGAAGAUCAGGAAGAGACAGAGCUGGGCGUCAUGGAGGACCAGCGCAGUGUGAUCCUUCACCUCAUUUCUCAGCUCAAACUUGGGAUGGAUCUGACCAAGGUGGUGCUCCCCACGUUCAUUCUGGAGAAGCGGUCCUUGCUGGAGAUGUACGCCGACUUCCUGGCACACCCCGACCUGCUGCUGGCCGUCACCGCGGGAGCCACGCCCCAAGACCGGGUCAUGGGCUUCGUGGAGUAUUACCUCACCGCCUUCCACGAGGGCUGCAAGGGCGCCCUGGCCAAGAAGCCCUACAACCCCAUCAUUGGCGAGAUGUUCCACUGCUCCUGGGAGGUUCCCAAGGACAAGGUCAAGGCCAGGAGGACUGCCCCCCCUGCCCCCAUGGGCCACGAGCACCCGAUGGCCGACGACUCUUCCAAGAGCUACAAGCUGCGGUUUGUGGCCGAGCAGGUGUCUCACCACCCGCCCAUCUCCUGCUUCUACUGUGAGUGCAAGGAGAAGAGACUGUGUGUCAACAAUCACGUGUGGACCAAAAGCAAGCUCAUGGGCAUGUUCGUGGGGGUCUCAAUGAUCGGGGAAGGUGUGCUGCGGCUCCUGGAACACGGGGAGGAGUAUGUGUUCACCCUGCCCAGCGCCUACGCCCGGUCCAUCCUCACCAUCCCAUGGGUGGAGCUUGGAGGCAAAGUCAGCAUCACCUACGCCAAGACCGGCUACUCGGCCACUGUCACCUUCCACACGAAGCCUUUCUACGGGGGCAAGGUCCACAGGGUCACAGCAGAAGUGAAGCACAAUCCCACCAACACCAUCGUGUGCAAAGCCCACGGGGAGUGGAACGGGACCCUGGAGUUCACCUACAACAACAGGGAGACCAAGGUCAUCGACACGACCACACUGCCCGUGUACCCCAAGAAGAUCCGCCCCCUGGAGAAGCAGGGCCCCAUGGAGUCCAGGAACCUCUGGCGGGAGGUGACCCAGUGCCUGCGCCUAGGGGACAUGGAGGCGGCCACCGAGCAGAAGCGGCGGCUGGAGGAAAAGCAGUGGGCGGAGGAGCGGAAGCGGGAGAACCUCUGCGCGCCCUGGCGGCCCAAGUACUUCAUCCAGGAGGGUGACGGCUGGGUGUACUUCAACCCCCUGUGGAAGGCACACUGAUGGUUGGAGAGGCAGAGCUUUCAGAAAUAGCCCUGAUUUUGUAGGAAUUAAAGUGGUACAGUAUCAAGGUUCUGCGGGUCUUCCCUGAGACCACCUGA